AUGCCCUCAUCUCCUCCAAUCGAUUUACAACUCACAUCGUCAGCACAUAUCGAACCAGUCGUUCAAGUCAUUCCAGAGGGUAUUCACAUCCACGAUGAGCUCGACUUACUACCCACCACACCAUCAAGGCUACUGCCUCGCAAAUCGCCGCACUCCAAGCCUAAGAAAAUAGUCUCAAAAUGGAAAGGUAAAAGAGCUAGAGAUCUGACUUUGGCAGACGAAGGAGAAUGUCCUUUACUCAAUCUACCUGAAGACCUGAUACACACCUUGCUAUCUCGUAUACCGCCUAGAGAUCUUACGAGACUAGCUCAAACCUGUAAAGAUCUAUGUGAGGAAUUGGAAGAUGAAUCAAUCUGGAGACAAAGUUAUGUGAACAAAUUUCUGUACGACGGAGCGGCUAGAGAUAUCAGGGCGAAGGAAGAUGUCAAGCUAUUGGUACAAGGAUGUCUUAAUACCGGUGGAAGAGGUUGGAAGAGGGAAGCAUUAAGCAGAGAAGCUAUGAUCAAUCGAUGGACGGAAUCCAAAGCAAGUAUGGUAAUCCACACACCGCCUACGGGACUUGUACAUUGUAUAUCACUAUCUUACCCCCCUUUCAUACCUGCUCCAUCGAAAUCUUUAGUUGAGGGCAAAAAUCAUCAAACGCCCACUAAAGGUAAAGCGUCUCCGAUUCUCUUAGCAACAACACCUCAAUCCGCAACUACCGAACCAUCAAGCUCGACGCUUCCUUCGACUGCCGGGGGUGAAGUCAAUUCACCUACUCCGACAAAAUUGACCCAUCGUCAGAAAUACGAAGCUAUUCUGGCUGCUACUACCAGACCACCGCCUCAUGUGCUUAGCGCUUCGUUAGUCAAUGGUGGGGUAGUGAGGAGUGAUCCGAUUAGUGGUAAAGUCUCGAAAGGAUUCUGGGGUCCAGGCAGAGAUGCAAACUUCCACCUUCGACCUAAUCUCGACCCUACGGCCGAGCCAUCUUCUCUGUAUCUACCGACACGCAACCAAUCCUUCAUCUUGUGGGGUUUGCGUACCGGCUCAUGUGUCCAUACGACCGUUCAAUCGAGACAUCACGCAACCCACGGUGGGCGUGCAUCCUCUAUAAACGUUCAUUCGGAAUUUCCCGAUUCACACCAUGGGGAGAUAAGUGAUAUUUGGGCUCCCGAGAGCCCUUCGCUCUCUACCGAAUCGUUGAGAUGGGUAACAGGAGGUGAAGAUGGUAGAGUCAAAUUAUGGCAAUUCCAUCCUGGUAGUGGAUCAAGAUCAGGUAAACGGACACCUAACGAAGCUAUUCCUGCAUCGAUACAAUGCUUGUUCACCUCGGAUGUUUCAGAUCAACCCUUUGAGAAUAGGUCGGAUGCUUCGAAGAGGCGUCAGAAUGGUAGAUCCGAUCCGAUCAGCCUGGCGAGGUAUGAUUCCAAAUAUGAUGUUGUCUGUGGAGUGACGACAGACGGAGAUCUACGAGUCUGGUUCUCAGCUUCAAAACAACCGCAGGAAAUGCGAGUGGACGUCGGUGCAGAAGAGCUAGGAGGGCAAGUGAAAAGUUUAUCCUUGGAUGUGAAGAAGAAUACGAAUGAGGUCGUUGUCGCUCAUGUUCUGAUACAUCAUCGACGAUCUCCGAUCAUCACUCGUUACGACAUCACCUCUGCUGGUCAUGUGGAGACUAGGGAAUUUGUAACUCCGACUGGAUCAUCGAUAUCAGCUAUUCAUACAUCAUUCCAACCCACCAAACCGAUUUCAGCCCCAUCGAGUGGAAAUAGCAUGUCAGCGAGAAUAGUUACUCUUGGCGAGACUCCCGAAACAGCUUCGCCAGCAGUCGAAGAAGUCGAUCCAUUCCCGAUUUCAAGCUCAAAUACCGUACAUGCUGAUAGUGAAUAUGGAAGGUUUAUCAUGGCAGGUGAUGAGACGGGAUAUGUACAUAUCUGGUCGUUGGAUGUGGAUCAAGAAACAAGACGUAAUCAGACUCCUAUUAAAUCUUGGGAAGCCAUGAAUGGAAAGAUCACAGCCCUGGAUUAUUCUUGCGGAUUGGUUGCUGUGGGAAGUUUCGAUGGCUAUAUCAAGAUAUUUGAUCCAUUAUCAUACCCGCCUAAUCUCUUACGGACGUUCCAUGCAUCUCGACUAACCCCUGGGGAAUCCCUUGUAGCAGCCUCUGAAGAACCUGACGCUAGGUGGUAUACGGUCAAUAAGGUGAUAUUGGAGAAUGACCUUGUGGUCGCUUGUAUAGGUAGGAAAGUAUUUGCUUGGCGAGCAGGUUCAGGUAAAGGGAGACAAGGAGGUAAAGAGAGUGGAUGGAGGAGGACAAGUGGGUCGAGGGGUGAUGGCAAAGGAAGCUCAAGGGGAUUGGAUAUGAAAGCUAUUCAUCGAGCUGCGGUAGACGAACAUUCCGACCUUGAAUCUUCGUCGACCAAAAGCAGCCGUAUAGCCUCGAGACAUGAGGCGAGGGAAGUACAAGCUAUGGAAGAUAUGGGAUUAGACGGUGAUGAUGCGUUGCAAUAUGCCUUGAUGCUUUCGAUGGAAGAACGGGGUAAUGCAAGUACAGAGGCAGAUGGUGAUCAUUGGGAAGAGAACGAGGUGGAUGUUACUCAAGGAUCAAGUGGGACUUCGACUACGUUUGGAGAGCAGGAUGAGAUGGACGAAGAGACUAGAGAAGCUAUAAGACAAGUUGAAGCAUUCAAGAAACAGGAAGAAGAUGAGUUGAAUAAGGUAUUGGAGAUGAUCAGAUUGUCUGAAGAACGGGAUGGUAGUUAG